UAGAUUCCUCUUUAGAACAUAAAAUAAGAAUAUUCAGGCUCAAGGUGGCAGAGCCUCCAGAAGACAUCAAGAGAAUGUUUAAUAUGUAUGCCGAAAAUGGCACCAUCUCCCUCGAUGACCUUCACAGCUUUCUGGUUGAGUUUCAAGGAGAAGGUGAGGCGACCAAAGAAGAUGCACAGGCCAUUUUCAACAGUCUCAAGCAUCUCAACAUUUUCCAAAGAAAGGGCCUCCAUCUUGAUGCCUUCUUUCGGUAUCUUUUUGGUGAUCUGAACCCUCCAAUCUCUUCAAAGGUGCAUCAUGACAUGAAAGCUCCAUUGGCUCAUUAUUUCCUAUUCACCGGCCAUAACUCGUACCUGACUGGAAAUCAACUCAGCAGUGACAGUAGUGUCUAUCCCAUUAUCCAGGCACUCCAACGAGGAGUUCGAGUUAUUGAAUUAGAUUUGUGGCCUAAUUCUAAAAAGAAUGGCGUCGAGGUUCGUCAUGGAGGGACUUUGACUAGUCCGGUUGAACUCAUCAAAUGCUUGCGUGCUAUUAAGGACAAUGCUUUUACUGCUUCUGAAUAUCCAGUUGUAAUAACAUUUGAAGAUCACUUACCUUCUGAUCUUCAAGCUAAAGUGGCCAAGAUGGUGACUGAAACAUUUGGAGAUAUGCUCUACGUCCCUAAUUCGGAAUUUUUACCGGAAUUCCCUUCACCUGAAAUAUUAAAAAGAAGGGUUUUGAUUUCAACCAAGCCACCGGAGUAUCAUGAAUCUCAAAGGCGCACUGAUAAGGAUAGUGACGAAGAUGAUCCAGAUGAAGAUGAGGAGAAUUCUACUCUACAGUAUAAGCAGUUAAUUGCAAUCCAUGCUGGAAAACCAAAAGGGGGUUUUGAUAUGUGGCAUAUUGAUCCCAUGAAAGUCAGACGACUUAGCUUGAGCGAGCAACAACUCGAACGUGCAUCGAAAAAUCGUGGAACAGAUAUUGUUAGAUUUACACAAAGAAAUUUGUUAAGGAUAUAUCCCAAGGGUACACGUUUGGACUCAUCAAAUUAUGACCCUAUGCUUGGAUGGAGCCAUGGAGCUCAAAUGGUCGCAUUCAAUAUGCAAGGACAUGGAAAGCAUCUUCAUAUUAUGGAAGGAAUGUUUAGAGCCAAUGGAAGUUGUGGUUAUGUGAAAAAACCUGAUUUUUUACUUAGCAGCAGUUCAGAUAAUGAGGUUUUUAAUCCUGAAAAAUCGUUCCGAGUUAGGCAAAUCUUGAAGGUAAAACUUUACAUGGGUGAAGGAUGGCAUUCAGAUUUCCACCGCACACACUUUGAUCUUUAUUCCCCACCGGACUUUUUUGUGAGGGUUGGAAUUGCUGGAGUCCCAAAGGACACAAUAAUGCGGGAGACGAAGCCAAUCGAGGACGAGUGGAUUCCAGUGUGGAAUGAGGAGUUCAAAUUCCCAUUGAGUGUUCCAGAACUAGCUGUACUUAGAAUUGAAGUUAAAGAGUAUGACAAUUCUGGAAAUCAUGACUUUGGUGGCCAGACAUGUCUACCAAUAUCAGAGCUCAGAACUGGGUUCAGAGCAGUUCCUCUGCAUAAUAGAAGAGGGAUCAAGUAUAAAUCUGUGAAGCUUCUAAUGAAAUUUGAAUUUGAAAGUCCUGAAUGA